AUGCCCGUGUCGGGUACACGAGUCAAGGUUGCAUGCAAGCUGUGCAACUCACGGCGUGUGCGCUGCGACCGAACCGAAAGCACCGCCUGCUCCAACUGUCGCAAUGCCGGUCACCACUGCGAGCCCAUUCAAUCGAGACGCGGCAAACACCCAAAGCACAGAAAAGACCGCCCGAACGUAACCAGCAUCUCAAGGUCCCGCCCGUCGCAGACCAAUGAACGUAAUAGCCAUCAGCCGGCUGAUUCACUUCGCCAAAGUACUUCCUGUCGCAGUUCCCAGGCAGCUUCGGAUGCCUGGGACGGAGCUAGCAGUCCGGGAAGAACUCUCCAAAGAGAUCUCAACCAUUCUAGUUUCAAUGGCUCCGGAGGAAAUGGUGAACAGGGUAGGCAGGAGAAUGGCAGCAACCCAGUUGUGUAUAUGGGAGACUCUUCCAAUAUAAAUUAUUUCAUGGUCCAAGUCGGCAACCCGUUCCAAACCUCCAGCCGACCAUCUUCUCGUGGCCGUUUCUGGGGCGAAUGUCUGCAACGCUUCUUCUUUGAGAGACUGGACCAACAAAGCAAGCAGCUAAUAGACCAGGCGUGGUCUGAUGACUGCGAGCAUCUCAGGGGCUUAGGCGCACUCCAGAUGCCGCAGAAAGAGACCAGCGAUUCAUUGCUCAAAACAUUUUUCCUCUACUCACAGCCUGUUUUUCCUAUCUUCGACCUGUUGGAUUUUUCAUCUCUUUAUGGAGCAGGCAGGGCGUCUCCACUGCUCUUAAAUGCCAUUUUUCUAGUGGCUGUCAUGCAUUGCCCGGAGUCCACUCUCGCUGCAGCAGGGUUCACCUCCAGAUAUAUUGCUUGCUUAACAUUUUAUCGGCGGGUAAAAGCUUUAUACGAUGGCAAUUACGAGUGUGACGCUAUUUCUACCAUUCAGGCAACUCUUCUCAUGUCGCACUGGUGGGGAAGUCCGCUGGAGCAGAAGGAUACAUGGCACUGGCUGGGAGUGGCAGCGGGGCUGGCUCAGUCUUUAGGAAUGCAUCAAUCAAAAUCUUAUUCGUCACUACAGCCAAGAUAUCGAAGACUAUGGCGGAGAAUAUGGUGGACGCUUUAUGUUCAAGAUAUUCAUAUGGCGACAGUCCUCAAUCGACCACCUCAUAUCAGCUCCUCCUUUUUCGAUGUAGGACCCUUAGAUGAGACAGACUUUUGUGACACAGAAGUCACCGGAACAGACAUCUUUCCAAACUUAAGCCAGUUGAUUUCGAAAGUCAAUGCCUGUCUCACUGAAAAACUCAUGGCCUCUGGGAAUUCACCGCAUGGACAGCCCAUCGACGAGGACUGGCAUCUAACUUUGCCACCAAAACUACGGGACCUGCCAUCACGGAUCUCGAUGGACCAUGGGUUCUGGGGCUCCAUCUUACAGAUUUCCCAUUGGUAUGGAGAAACCUGGUUGAAUAUUAAUGUUCUCUUGCUAACGGGCUUUGAUAGCAACUAUCAAAUUGUAUUUCGCCGUCAAACGUCAGAGAGUUCGGGUAGUACUGGUGUAGGGACUGUGCCAUUCAACGCAGCAGCCAAAACCACCCGACUAAUCGAGGACCUGCUCUCAUCUGGAACUCUCUACCUCGCACCUAGACACAUCGUUUCUGGGAUCUUCGCCUCACUGGUCAUCCACAUUAUAAAUAUCCGCAAAGGGGAUGAUUACAUAAAAAUGAUCUCCGAACAUUGGGCCAACUUGUCGAUGACUGUGCUGAGCAAAUUUGAAGAGCUAUGGCCGAUUGUGGUGUGGACUCGACGUCUUUUCGAAUGCAUCUUGAAACCGCCGUCCGCAGAGGCGACCAGCAACGCCGCAGGCAGUAACCUAGGUUACUACCAACAAACAAUUGAUGAAAGCAGGAUACCUCAGAUGCUCUCUCCGGAUUCAAUGGCCGAACACCACGUUGGUAGAACUAGGCAUGCUGCCCAGGAACGAGAUUUAGCCGAUGCAGCGAGCAGUGGGAUAGGUACCAGUUUCUUUCCUUGCCAGCAGAACGAGGAUUUUUCAUCGCUUUUUACGUCGUUUCCAUUUGGAAGUCUUUUAGAGGAUGCAGGAUUCAGCCCUGUGACUGGCCUUGCCUAUUUGGACACCACGAUGGCCCAACCGCCGCCAGAUAUGUCCCAGCUACCAUGA